UGAUUUUGAUUCUGAUCGAUAAACCUGACGUAGAAGCAUUGUGGUCAACGCUACAAAGCACUGGGAGCCGUAGUUAGCUCCACCCACAAAGGCCUUCUUUUCGCGUUGAUGAGUGCUUCUUCUACUCGCCGUCUCGCUCACUCUAUACUAUAUAUAGCGCUCCUUUAGCUCCUCUAUAUUUGGCGUCGACGCGUAGUCGUGUCUUUUGCUGUACGAUUCCAAGCGCGUUUGGUUACUCCACUACUUUUUUCGUAUUCUUCUUCCUCUUCCUGGCCUUGAUCUCAGAGCCGCUCUAUCUCUGCCUCCCUCUGGUCCCUGUCAGAUAGCUUGGGAUGAGGGGCUCGACGCGCCACGAGCGGCGAUGGGCGUCGGACACUGUGCCCAGAGGGCGGGUGAUGAGCGCGGGGUCGUCGCCGGGGACCUCCGCGUCGAACGACGGAGAGGAGUUCGUGGAGGUGACGAUCGACCUCCAGGACGACGACACCAUCGUGCUCCGCCGCGUCGAGCCGGCGCCAGCGGCGGACUCGGGAUACUUGUCCGAUGCCACGGGGUCGGCGGCGUCGCGGUCGCCCUCCAUCGGGCGGAGCUCGUCGCACCGGCUGCGGCACUUCUCCCAGGAGCUGAAGGCGGAGGCGGUGGCGCGGGCGCGGCAGCUGAAGGAGGACCUCAAGGCCGAGCUCAAGCGUUUCACGUGGGGCCACGGCCCGUCGCGGGCGGGAGCAUCCACCUCCGCGGGCGGGGCCGCAGGGGCGUCCCCGGCCCUGGACUCGGCCCUGGCCUCCCGGGCGGCGCGGCGGCAACGGGCGCAGCUGGAUCGGACCCGAUCGGGAGCCCAGAAGGCGCUCCGGGGGCUCAGGUUCAUCAGCGGCGGUAAAGCCACCGCCGUCGACGCGUGGAACGAGGUCCAAAGCAACUUCGACAAGCUCGCGCGCGACGGCUAUCUCUCGCGCUCCGAUUUCGCCCAAUGCAUAGGCAUGAAAGAUUCCAAGGAGUUCGCGCUGGAGCUGUUCGACGCAUUGAGCAGGAGAAGAAGGUUAAACGCGGAGCGCAUCACUAAAGAGGAGCUGUACGAGUUCUGGUGUCAGAUCACGGAUCAAAGCUUCGAUUCUCGCCUCCAGAUCUUCUUCGACAUGGUGGACAAGAACGAGGACGGCCGGAUCACCGAGGAGGAAGUUAAAGAGAUCAUAAUGCUGAGUGCGUCCGCAAAUAAGCUGUCGAGGCUGAAAGAACAGGCCGAGGAAUACGCAGCCUUAAUCAUGGAGGAGCUGGAUCCCGAGCGGCUCGGCUAUAUCGAGCUGUGGCAACUGGAGACAUUGUUGCUUCAAAAGGAUACGUACCUUAACUACAGUCAGGCGCUGAGCUACACCAGCCAAGCGUUGAGUCAGAACCUGGCCGGGCUGAGGAAGAAGGGGCCCAUCCGGAAGCUGAGCACGAAGCUGGGCUACUACUUGGAGGAGAACUGGAAGCGGCUGUGGGUGAUGGCGCUGUGGGUCGGGGUGAUGGCCGGCCUGUUCGCCUGGAAGUUCAUCCAGUACCGGCACAGGUACGCGUUCCAGGUGAUGGGGUACUGCCUCACCACCGCCAAGGGCGCGGCCGAGACGCUGAAGCUCAACAUGGCCCUCGUUCUUCUCCCGGUGUGCCGAAACACCAUCACCUGGCUUCGCUCCACCCGGCUGGCCCGUGCUCUGCCCUUCGACGACAAUAUCAACUUCCAUAAGGCGAUAGCGGCGGCAAUCAUGGUCGGCGUGAUCCUCCACGCCGGCAACCAUGUCACCUGCGACUUUCCGCGGCUGAUAUCGUCGUCGGCUGACAAGUACAACAUGUUGCGGCCUUACUUUGGAGAAACCAAGCCCACGUACAUGGAUCUCGUGCGAGGCCCCGAGGGCGUGACCGGGAUCAUAAUGUUGGUCUGCAUGGUGGUGGCCUUCACACUCGCCACGCACUGGUUCCGCCGGAGCCUGGUGAGGUUCCCCAAGCCCUUCGACAGGCUCACCGGCUUCAACGCCUUCUGGUACUCCCACCACCUGUUUGUCAUCGUCUACGUGUUGCUCAUCGUCCACGGAGAAUGCCUCUACCUCAUCCACAAGUGGUACAACAAGACGACAUGGAUGUAUCUAGCAGCUCCUGUUCUGCUCUACGUUGGGGAGAGGAGCCUGAGAGCCCUUAGGUCCGGCUAUUACUCGGUUCGGCUCCUGAAGGUCGCUAUAUAUCCCGGCAAUGUUCUGACGCUCCAAAUGUCAAAGCCCUCCGCGUUCCGCUACCAGAGUGGUCAGUACAUGUUUGUUCAGUGCCCUGCUGUAUCGCCCUUCGAAUGGCAUCCUUUCUCCAUUACUUCUGCGCCGGGGGAUAGCUACCUAAGCGUCCACAUUCGACAACUCGGUGACUGGACACGAGAAUUAAAGCGGGUCUUCGCAGCAGCCUGUGAACCUCCGGUGGCCGGAAAGAGUGGCCUUCUGAGAGCAGACGAGGCCACCAAGAAAAGCCUGCCGAAGCUUUUGAUAGACGGGCCUUACGGUGCUUCAGCUCAGGACUACAAGAAGUACGACGUCCUUCUUCUCGUCGGCCUAGGAAUCGGUGCAACUCCUUUCAUCAGCAUCCUGAAGGAUCUCCUGAACAACAUAGUCAAAAUGGAAGAGGAAAACGACGCGCUCUCGGACUACCGCCCACCAAAGCCACAGAACGGGGAGCGUGUCGAUUUGGCGACGCUGAUGAGGGCGUCGAGGAGAGUACGGUGGGCUCUCAGAACGACCAACGCAUACUUCUACUGGGUGACACGAGAACAGGGGUCCUUCGACUGGUUUAAAGGAGUUAUGAACGAAGUGGCCGAGUUAGAUCAAAGGGGCGUGAUUGAGAUGCACAAUUACUUGACGAGUGUGUACGAAGAAGGAGACGCCAGAUCUGCACUGAUCACCAUGAUCCAAGCUCUCAAUCAUGCCAAGAACGGCGUCGACAUUGUCUCCGGCACCCGGGUGAGAACUCAUUUCGCUCGGCCUAAUUGGAAGAGAGUCUUCGCCAAGAUAUGCUCCAAACACCCCCAUGCCAAGAUAGGAGUGUUCUACUGCGGUGCGCCGGUUUUGGCGCAGGAGCUAAGCAAGAUCUGCUAUGACCACAACCAGAGGGGCACCACCAGGUUCGACUUCCACAAGGAGCAUUUCUGAUCGCAUACUCGUUUACAUGUCCCCUGGAAUGAUUGUAUAGCCUUGAUCAUCAUCAUUUUUCCAACGGAUGCUGAUGAGCAAAAACAAAGAAAAAUCAAGUAUAGCAUUAGUACAGAAUAUAUUUGUGUGUGUAUAUAUAUAUAAUUCAGGCCAAAAUGGUUUUGUUUA